AUGGACUGGUGGGGUCACCGAAGAAGAUGCAAUGUUAGAGGCGAAAAAACCGCCAAAGAUGAGGCAAUGUUACAAUUAGAAAAUGCCGAGUCGUCAGAGCAUGCUGGUAGAACUGAUGAGACGCUGAUUGCAGAAGAAAAAGACAAUGUCAAUAAACCUCCAAAGAAACGACAUAGGUCCGACAAGAUAGUUCAAGAAUUGAAUAUUCAGUUCUUCUUCGUCAGAUGGCCAGCACACAUGAGGACCACAACAGCGAUCUUUGAAGGGUGCCUGAAGGACAUGCAAGAAUCUUUUAAGAAGGAUUUCAGAGAACUGUAG